CUUCGUCGACAGACUGUUAGGCUGCAAUUACCCGGACGACAACUACUGACGCCAGUGUUAGGGCAUGGUUGGAACCUUGCUGCGCGUGUGCAAGUUUCUGCACAUGCGCCUUGUGAUCCGAUUAACUUCAGUGACUAACAAGUCAGUUGAAGGACCAUUUCCCAUUAUAAGUGAACAUCUCGUGCUUUGUCUACAGGCAGUGAUAGUGCGAUAUGUGUUUAAACUUGAGUCUCCAAACGUCUCACAUCAGCACAAAUAGGUCGCUAAAGUUCGUCACCAGUCGCUUUUUCGAUAAAAAAAUGUCGACAGAUGGUUCUGAACACUCGCUAAAUAUAGCCACCAAGUGGCUUACAUGGCAACACAAAUGAGGAACGAUCCUAGUAUGUGACAAGUUUACGAUGACCCCCUGAAAGCCUCACGAGGCUCGGCCAAUCACAGUCCAGAUCCUACCAUCAACCGGAAACUUGGGAAGCGUCCUUAGAGCUGUGGCUAUUAGUGUAAGCUUUCGUAUGUUGCACCUCGAAAACAAACUAUGGCUACGCAGACUAGAUGACAGAAUCUGGAAAGACAAAGAACAGCCUCUUGAGUUUGAAGCAGUCUUGCAUUGCUGCCUUGUGCAUGCACUAAUCAUGGCUGCACCCAUGCUCAUUGGAAACCAGCUCAUCCUGGAGGAGGACUUUGAUGAAAACUACAUUCCCUCUGAACAAGAGAUUAGAAAGUAUGCAAAGGAGAUAGGUAUUGAUGUUGACAACGAAACGGAUCUGAUGUGGCUGGCCAAGGAGGGAAUUGUUGCUCCACUUCCGCCCGAAUGGAAGCCUUGCCAGGAUGUUACAGGCGACAUCUACUACUACAACUUUUCUUCUGGUGAGUCCACUUGGGAUCACCCCUGCGACGAACACUACCGGCGCCUGGUUGUCGAAGAACGGGAACGCAUGCAGCGCACCGCCGAGGCAUCAGGGACCAAGAAAAAGAAGAAGGACAAGAAGGAGAAAAAGGAGAAAAAUAAGAAGGACUCUGCCAAAACUGGAGGUACAAAGAGUUUAGGCUUGGGGUCGUUGCCAUCUCCCCUGGGAAGCCUGGCUCCUCUCAGUGGUCUGGAUGCUCCUGUUCUUGGCCCAAUCUUUGGGUCUGGCUCUGCGUCUGCUUCUACGUUCCCUCGCUCACUUGGAUCCGGGGGGCUGGAGCCCCUCAAAACACCUGGGCAUCUUGGGGGACUCCGCAGCAGUGCCGUUUCUAGUGUUUUAAGCAACAAGAAUGAAGAGAAGGUGUAUCUUACCAUGCCUGGCUUUGAUGACGUUGAUGAAAUCUUGGAAAAUGAGUCAAGCCAGAGGUCUUCAGAAAGGCAACUGAUGAAUCUCCAUCUGGACCUGGAUGAACUCAGAGGGGGCAUACAAUACGAGGAGAGUGAAGCCAGUGCUGCAGCUCAUGCAGAGGAAAGAACUGAGCCAGAAAUGCAGGACAUUUCUGGAGGCCACAGCCUUGAGCCACAGUCGCCACAGGACUCUUUAAGGGGCUGCCGACACCGCCUGUCCCCCCUGGCAGACCCCAUCCGCCUCAGUGACAGUGUGAGUAGCAGACCAGAUGAUUUGGAGGAGAAAGGAGAGGUGCAAGAUAACGUUGAAGAAGAAGACGAUGACUUAGACGUGAAAAGCACAGACUUGGGCACGGCGGAAGGUGGCGAUACUCACAAAGAGCAGGAAGGCGUUGAAAUGACUCUAGACAAUGAGCAACAGGAAUGUGGUGACGGUGAGGAUGAAACGAAAGGGAAAGGAGAUGGAGGAGAGGAAUACAGAGACAACCUGGGGCAUGUCCACAUUGAAAACAGUGUUGGAGAUGCAGAGAAAGUGAAUUCCCAACAAGAGAUCUUUGACAGAAAGGAAAAUGUGGACUGUGCAGAGACUGUUAUGGAAGAGGAAGAGAUGCUGGAGGAAAAGGAAGGCAAUGGUCAGGGUCAGGUUGAGGAUGGCCCGAGUGAUGGCACGGAUGAGCAUGAGAAAAGCAUAGAUGAUCAUAGUGGGCAAGAUGGAAGAGAGGAAGAGGAUGGUGCAAGUCAGGCGGAUAUCAGCCACAGGAAAAUGACAGAGGAUGAAGAGGAGAGUUGCAGUGUGGAGAGAAAAGAGUUAGUCGCUGAAUCAGAUGCAUCUCAGAGCGAGGAGGAGGAGGUUGCGGAGGUUUUGGAGAUGGAAAGCGCUAACCCUAACCGCCUUCCUGCAGAGAACUCUGAAGUCAGUGAUGAUAUUAAGGAGAGUUCGUCCUCCAUCAAUGUUAAGGUUUUGGACCUUAACGACACAUCUGGCACUGUCUGUCCCCCGGAGGACAAGGAUGAUGGAGAAGAUGUGGAGUUUAAGAUGGGAAUGUAUACAAAGUUGGAGGCUGCCAAGAGGCAUUUGCAGUCAGUGGACAAGGACAUACUUCCAGUUUCCAAAGUAGACAGACUGGUGCUCCACCAGUCCAUCCCUUCCCACACUGCCAUAGACCUUCAGAACCAACCAAAAGCAUCUCGGCUCGGCUCAGCUCUGAAUCUGCAGAGGCCGGAAACAUCUCGAGGUCGGCUCUCCCGAGCCUCCAACACUGAAGUGGCAGACUUUGAAACUUCCAGACACAAAGAUGUCAACCCGGCGGAAAAGGAAUCCCAUUUUGGAAUCUGGAAACAAGAGAAACAAGGAAAAAGGGAGAAAGAAAGUGAAAGAGAUAAGAGUCAAAACGUGAAGAACAAGGAGGAAGAUAGAGAGAGUGGCGAUGCCAGUCAGAGGGGGGAAGAGGGGGUCAAAGGGCAAUUCAUUCAAGAGAAGACGAUAUCAUUUCUUCUCCAGGAGGAAUUGUUCAGCGAGGAAAAAGAGGAGAAGGAGCGUUUGGAAAAGGAGAAGGAGAGGAGAAUAUCUCUCCUCCACGAGGAGCUGAAGAGGGAAGAGGAGGCAGAGAAGGAGCAAUUCAUUAAGGAGAAGGAGAAGAGAAAGGCUCUCCUGCUGGCUGAGCUGAGUGAGGAAGAGGUGAAGCUUAAAGAAGAGAGCAAAGAUACACUUGGGGCUCUGAGGCAGGAUCUUCUUUCCAAGAGGAAGGAAGAGGAAGCCAAAUUGAACAUGGAGUCUGACAGGAUACUGGAAGAACUCAAAGAGUCUACUCUGAAGGAACGAGAGAGGCAGCUACUUAAGCUCAGGGAGGAGAGCGAAACCAUGCUGAAAGAGUUGCGCAUUUCAGUGGAAGAAGAAAAAGCAGCAGAAGUGGAAAGGUUGGAGGCUCAGAGGAGGCUGGACAUAGAGCGUCUGAAGGCUGAGUCAGACCAGCAGAUGCAAGCCGAGAGAAAGAAAAUGGAUCACUUCAAGCCGGAGGACGUGGCCACAGAGGGAAGUUACAGAGAGCUGAUUCAUCCACGUCCUGAACAGCAGCUCUCAAAGUAUCACAGAGAGAUGACCGAUUUGCUCCUGGAAGUGCGAGAGCAAGUGCAGCGGGAGCACGAGAAGAAGCUGCUGCAGCUGAGGGAGGAGCACAGGAGAGAGAUGAACAAUAUCAAGGAGAAGCACUUGGAAGAGGAAAGUGUUCAGAGAGAGCGGCUGCGUUCCGCUCUGCAGGAAGACAGAGAGCAUCUUCAGGCCUCGCAUGACCUUCAGCUGGAGAGGCUGCGCAUGCAGCUGCACAGUGAGAUCGAGAAGGCGCAGCUGGCGCACUCGCAUAAGCAGUCAGAACUUGAGGAUUACAUCUAUCAGUUAGAGCUGAAAGCCAAACAGCUGAAGGAGGAUGAGGAAAUGAUGCAGACCAAGGCAGAAGCUCUGAAGUGGAAGAAGAAGGCUCUUGAGGAAGAAGAGGAGGAUGUAGACAAACAGACAGGGACUUUGCACAAAGUGAUCUUGGAGAGAGACCAGCUGAAGGUAGAGAUGGUGAGGAUGAGGGAGGAGCAAGGUCAAGGUCAAGAGCUGCUCGAUAAAAUGCGUGAGGAGAGGAACGCGGCCCAGCAAGAAGGGGAUAGGCUGCGGGAGGAGAGAGACAGAGGCACGGAAGAAAGCCGGAAGGCGAAGGAAGACAAGCGGCGACUGGAGAGCAAGGUGGCUCUGCUGCAGGAACAAUGCGAGCACCUCAGUCGCAGACUCAGUGAGUUGGAAGCACGUGAAGGACAGAGUCCCUCCCGACGAAAGGACAAAAACCAGAGCACGUCACCCUCCGAUGGCCAAACAGACUCAUCACGUCACGGAGACGAUCCGGAGGACCCCAUUCCCUCCACUGUACCUGACAGCCCUAGCAACAUGCCCGAAUUAUUCAGGUUCAGCUCAUCCCACGGCGCAUCCAUCCUAAAGACCAAAGCCUUCCUGGAGAAGGAGAACAGCCAACUCAAGGACAGACGUGCAACUCUACAUGCGACCAUGAGCAACUGUUCUCAGCAAGUCAAGCUGAGCCAAGCAGCAGUGAGUGAACAAAAGGAGAUGAGAAGUUUGUCAGAGCUGUCCCAGAUGGUGAUGAGUCAGAAAAAAGAACAGCAGCAUGUCGACGGAUCAACAGCUGAGGAGUCACUGCUUCAAGAUGCUUCUCUGAUGGCCAGGCAGAAGAAGGUUGCCUUUGAUGUGACAGAUUCCGACCUGAGCAGCACGGUUGACGCACCUGAUGAGACCGGAGGCACUCUGACUUUUCUGGCCAAAGUCCACCAGUUCACCGAAUCCCAGCAGCAGCUCUCAGGCCAGCUGAACACGGUUUUAGGUGCUCUGGGGUCUUUAGCCCAGAGGCAGAGCAGCACAUCCCUCCCGGCCUUCCCCAGCGCCCUGUCUCACGCUGCUGCCCCCAGGUCUUCACCCAUCCUACCGCAAGUCCCCACGCUAGGCCCCGCCUCUUUCGGCCAAGCCAACCCGCUGUGGAAGUCGUCCACCCGAGAUGGUCCCGGCUUUUCCACCUUGGCGUCCAGCUCCGCCAGGGGUGGUCUGAGACCUUGUGAGGAUGUCGCAUACCGAAGAUGGAGGGAGAUCUUUCCUGAAGCCGCAGAAUUCACCUCCAGCAGCUUGAGGGCGCAUCCGUCGUACUCAUCCUACGCUCCUGCCAACCUGCACAUGCACACGUCAGUCAAAGUGGACGGCCACAAGCUGCAGAAGCUGAUUGACAGCAACAAGCAGUGGUUGAAGAUGCAAAAGGAAGACGCCAGCAUACCGCUGUUCACUCGCUACCAGGCUUCAUCCUCCCAGAACAACCUCGUCCAGCUGGGUCUGGAUGACAACGACCAGAUCAGAGUCUACCACUACUGAGGAACACAGUGCACGCUGGAGUCCUGCUUUCUGGACUGAGCUACCUGGCCCUGGUCUCCCGGGGCAGCAUCUGGAUGCUGUGAAGAUCAGUUUCAAAUGUUUCUAUUCAGAUCUUCCAAGAAUCCUGUGCCGGACACAGGCCAUAAUCUACUGAGAUGGAAGAGAGCAUAUGAGGACAUGUGUUUGCAUGGACUACAGACUAUUAUAUAUCUUCUAUUCCAUCUUGUAUGUAAAAUGACAGCUAAUAAUGACUUCAACCCCUCCAAAAGACAAAUGUGUGCUCUCACUGAUGUUAUCUUAGACCUACUUAUUCUCUGCUUUUUUAUCCAUUUUAUAAAGGUUCUUUGUUUUGAUGUUUUUUAUUGUUGUUUAUGUGAAGUAAUUGCCCAUAUUGAGCAUCUUCGAGGUUCAUAAAAUAUAUUAAAUGGUAUGACUUUUCUAUCUAUUUUUACUAUUUGUCUUUAAAUAAAGAGA